AUGGGCGGCGCCCAUUCUGUUUUGGGUCGUGACCAAGGUGGAGAAGGCGGUGUCCAUGGCGCUGGUGACACUAUAGGAGAUGAAGGUAGGGGCGCCAACGACGCUGGAGGCGGCGCCUCAAUGGGCGAGAUGAGGGGUGGCUUAGGCGACGUUGUAGGACGUUUGGUGGGCACCACCUUUGGCGCGGGUUCCGGAGUUCAUAAUAGUAUAUGUUCAAUACUAAAUAUGUUUCAAACUAAUGACUCCCUUCAUUUGAUGCACUCACCUUGUGUCACGAGACCCAAGUCCAAACUCUCCUCAGACAUCGCCAAGAAAAUCAUCAAAACCCAGAACUUACCCAUAUCCAAAGUCAUCAAGCUCUCUAAGCUCAAGUCAAACUACAAGCCUUUUGAGUCAAAAAGGAAGUUAUGCGACUCAUACGACGUGUUUUUUGUGGACAAAAGGGUUGUCCCUUUGCUUCCUAAGCUGUUGGGGAAGGAGUUUUUUACGAAAAAGAAGUUGCCUUUGCCAGUGGAUUUGACUCACAAGAAUUGGAAGGAACAAACUGAGAGGGUUUUAUCAUCUGGGUUGUUACAUUUGAAGACGGGAACAAGUAGUGUGGUGAAGGUUGGGAAGGUUUCUAUGGAGACCGGAGAAAUAGUUGAUAAUGUGGCGGCGGCGGUAAGUGGGGUUGUUGAGGUUCUGCCCAAGAAGUGGGGUGAUGUGAGGUCGCUGCAUCUGAAGUUAUCGGAUUCCUUGGCGUUGCCAUUGUAUCAGGCAUUGCCAGAUAUGAAGUUGAAGAUUGAGGGGUUUAAGAAGAGUGAGGAGAGGGUUAAGGAAGAGGGUGGCGGUGAGUUGGAGGUGAAGGAGAAGUGGAAGAAAGAUGGGGAAUUGAGGAAGAAUAAGGGGAUGAAAAAGGGAAGAAUUCAUGAGGUUUGCUAUAUGGAUGGUAAUAGAUUGGGAGGUGAUGAGGACGCGAAUGGGAAUGAGAGUGAGAAAAGUGUGGAUGCUGAAUUGGGUAGUGGUGAAUUUGUGGGAAAAAAGAAAAAGAAGGGUGGUGCAAGUAAGGAAAAGAUUCUUAAUGAGUUGAAUGGGCAGAAACUGGGGAAGAAAUUGGGCAAGGUGAAGGCUGGCAGUGAUGAUGAUGAUGAUGUGGGUGAGAAGAGUGAAAAUGGUAAUCUGUGCAUUGCUGAAUCUGGGGUUAAGAAAAGAAAGAAGGGAGAUUCCAUGAAGGGUAUGGGCGAGGUGAAUGGAGGCAUGAGGGUAAAGAAACUAGGCAAGGUAGACAAGGGAGGUAGUUUGAAGCUAGGGAAAGAUGAGUUGGCUUUAAAAGGUGUAAAAGAGUCUGGUGAGAAGAAAGGGAAGAAAAAGAUUGAACCUGUCAUAAAGACUAAGGAUGGGGCAAGCAAGAAGGUCAAGAAGAAAAAUAAGAAGAGGUCGUCGGUGGAAUGAUUCAGGUCGCACUUCCAUUUCCAGCUGAUUGUGGCGAGCUCAAGGUCUUCCAGAAGAGGCAUUGCAGGGGAUUUCUGCUUUCUGGACUAGCAG